AUGAUGAAUGAAGCAGAAGCCGGUGAUUUAUUAGUUGAAUUGGGUGAAACUCUGAAAGCACAUACUCCAGAAGAUUUGAACAAGGAUCAUAAUGAUGUCUUGGAUUACUGUGAGUUUUAUUUUUCAGUUUUAGGCCCAGAGAAAAAAGCAGGUGAAAAUUAGAGAAAAGAGCAGAUGGGCUCUGGGGACAUCUGCCUAGUUACCAAGUCUAAAAACCAGAUUUUACUUUGAGUAAUUGGAAUGCCCUUUCAGACUUUAUCCUAUUAACAUUAAGAAACAAGAUUUUUGAACUUGAAAUCGCACGUCAUAAAAUCACGAGGCAGUGAAUAUGAAACAUGACAAGCUAGGAAUGAAAAACGAAACCAAUCUUCAUGUUAUUUUAUGUAAAUAAAUGUCAAUGAAAAAAAUAACUAACUCAGGUUUGGGCAUUUAUAGUACACGUGAAAGACAACUAAUUUCAUCUAGAGCAUGUAGAAAGAAUUUCAACUGCAGAAAGAGUCUCCGAAAAAAAGUUCUGAAGAAAUUUAGAACCUGGAAUUAGAAAUAGUAUUAGUUUUUCAUCGAUAAAUAAUCCGCUACUUACACCCAGAACAAAAACGUCAAAUGAAUUAUUCUGUCAAAAACACAUCCCGCCUAUUUUUCAAUCAAUAUAAAUUAUAUGUUUUUCAAUUUCAGAUGAUACAAUGUCAGAAACUGAAUGGAGAAGUGCACGGCUUUCAUCGAAUCAUAGUGAUGAUUUGGGGUUUGUUUUUUAUUAGUAAAAAAAUUUAAAAUUAUUCUGUUCAGAAGUUUUAACGAUUCAAUCAGAGUUCAACAAUUAGAAGAGGAGCAAGAAAGAUUAAACAAUUCUUUGUUUUCGCUGAGCUCACAUUUUGCUCAAGUUCAAUUUCGGUUAAAACAAAUGAAUGAGGCAGAACCAAAAGAUCGAGAGGUAAUUUUUUGUCAAGCAUUUUGAUGAAGUAUAGCAAACAUUUUCUAGAAACUUCUUCUGGAGCUUCAAGAAUUUGCAUUCAAAGGUUGUGCAGAUAUGAAUGAAUUACAAAGAAUGAGAAGUGAAAGUGAGAGCGGAACCGAUAUUUUUGAAAAACAGAAAGAAAGGUGAAUCAAAAAUUUCUUUCAAAAAAAUUUAAGUUUAUUAUUUUUUGUUUUCAGACAGUCUGAGCUUUUACGACAACUUCGUGAACAAGUUGAGGAUCUUGAAAGAAUUGCAUAUGAAAAUGGAGAAGGAGAUUUGCCAAGUACAAUGAUAUUACAAAAACAGAAAGCGGUGUUAGAUAAACUGAGAGACAAGAUUGAAUUGAAUUUGGAUAUUGAUAAAAUGACACAAGGAGAAAUUCAGAAACACGUGGAUGACGCUUUGAAGCAGGUAAAUUUUGAAAUCAUCUUUUUCUCAUGAAUUUUAACUGAAAAUUAAUUUUUUUGCAGCUUGUGAAUCCAUUCAAAGAACAAAGUCAACUUGUGGAUCAGCUUCAAACACAAAUUAUUGAUUUGGAACGUUUUGUUUCAUUUUUGCAAAAAGAAAAUGCAGAAAAUUCAAAUCAAACAACACCGAUUCGCGUAAGUUUUCAUUUGUUGUAAUCAAUAAAACCAUAUCUAAUUUCAAAUUUUAGUCUAUGGGCUCAUCAGCGCUUACAAGUGCAAAACCAAAACAAAGCUCGUUUUUGGGUGGAAUUGUUGGAUGUUCGACAAAUAGAUUUCAGAAAAAUCAAUUGAAAAAUACUUUGAAAGGCAAUCAUUAUGGGUAAGCAUGUUUUUUUUCAAUCAAUGCAUGUAUUUAUGUUUAUUUUGUAAAUCAACCAUCAAAAUUUUAGAGAUGAGAGAGCACACUUACAAUUGGCAGUUGAUGCAACUCAACAAAUAUUAGAGAAAUACACAUUAUUGACAUUUGAUAAUCAGAUAAGAGAUGACCCAACGGAAGUUGAACUUGAAAAUGAUGAUGUAUUUGAAAGAUCAGAAGAGGAAGUGGUCACUGUUGUUAGGAAACAAUUAUGUCCUGCUCUAAAAUCAUUGUUAGAACACGGAAUGUUACAAGAGACUAUUGUUACACGAAGGAUUCCUGGUUUCGGAUGUUUUAUUGCUAAGCCAAAUCAGGAUAAUGAAAAACCAACAAAAAUUGGACAUAUCUGGGAUAUUGUUAUGUAUUUUUAUAAUAUUAAAAGUGGUCGGGAUAAUACAGAUGCACCAGUUAGAAAAUUGAGCCAAUCAUUCAAAUUAGAUAGUGUUGGAGGAAGAAGUAUAACAUCGAAACAAAUAUUAUUGACAACUAUUGAGAAUAUCGUUUCAACUCAUGCUAAAUUAAGAAGAUCGAAGGAUGCACAUUGGAAAGCUUUUGUAUCAGCAGCGAUGAAUGAGAAAAAAUUGUCAGCGUGGUUGAGGUGAACAAUAUUUAAAAAGAUCUUUGAAAUGUAUGUGUUUUUUUUCAGAAUAAUAUUCCGAACACGUCAAGUAGUUGAAAUGUGCUACAACACAUGGAGUUAUGUUGCAAGAACUGGUAAGAUGAUGAACAUGUAAAACAUGGUCAUACAAUAAUAUACUCAAAGAUCCACAAUAUAGUUCUAUGUUUUAUUUCAGGAUGUGAAGAAUUGUAUACACUUCUCGAAGGUCUUCAUAAAUAUAAUAUUCAUCUACCAGUUGAUCUUGCUCUUCGGCCUUUUGAACAAAUGAAAGAUGCAUUCUAA